AUGGCUGCAGGCGGUGAUUUUCAGACGACAUCGCAAAGAUUUUUGUCGUGGUUCAAGUCUUUGCCGGGCGCCACUUUCCAUGAUGACAUUCAGAUCGUUGACCUGAGAGGCCAAAACGCCGGGCGAGGAAUCGUGGCCACAAAGGACAUCGCACCUGAGACGGUCCUCUUCACCAUCCCGAGAAAAAGCAUCAUCAAUGUCGAGACGUCUGAGCUUCCCAAGAAGAUUCCUCAAGUCUUUACCGGCAACGAUGGAGACGACGAGGAUAUGGAGAAUGAGCCCCUCGACUCGUGGGGUUCUCUUAUCCUCGUCAUGAUCUAUGAGUACCUCCAGGGCGAUGCUUCACCCUGGAAGCCUUAUUUUGAGGUCCUUCCCGAAAAGUUUGACACACUCAUGUUCUGGGAGACUUCUGAGCUCGAAUAUCUCAAAGGAAGCGCUAGUUUGUCAAAGAUUGGAAAGGAGGAAGCCGAUGAUAUGUUCCGUUCGCGUAUCCUGUCGGUCAUCGCAGCCAACCCAGCCGUCUUCUACCCUGCAGGUGCCUCUGAAAUGGCCGAAGCAGAGCUUCUGCAAUUGGCUCACCGCAUGGGCAGCAUCAUCAUGGCUUAUGCCUUUGACUUGGAGAACGAAGAGGAGCCGGAAGAAGAGGAAGAGGAAUGGGUUGAGGACCGCGAGGGCAAGUCAAUGCUGGGUAUGGUACCCAUGGCUGAUAUUUUGAACGCUGAUGCAGAGUUCAACGCUCAUGUCAAUCACGGUGAUGAUGACCUCAGCGUCACCGCUCUGCGAACAAUUCGUGCAGGAGAGGAGAUUCUGAACUAUUACGGGCCUCACCCGAAUUCUGAGUUGCUCAGAAGAUACGGCUAUGUCACUCCCAAGCAUUCUCGUUACGAUGUGGUUGAGAUUCCGUGGGACCUGGUCCAGUCUGUGCUCAAUGAACAGUUGAAGCUCACUGACGAGGUCUGGAAGCAAGUGGGAGAAUACAUAGAUCCUGAAGACCUCGAGGAUGUAUUUGUCCUCGAGCGUGAGUCAGGAGAGCCAGACUCGGAGGGGCGACUCACAACCCCCGCCAAGGUCCAAGAGGUUUCUGCUGAGCUUGAGGAGCAGCUGAAGGGUAUCCUGAAGCUUCUCAAGAAGAUGAAUGCUGAUCUUAUUCCCGACAAGCGGAAACGUGAUGAGAUUUACCAGCACGUUGUUGUGUCCACCCUGCAAAAGCUUCUGGCGCAGUACCCGACGACAGCCGAGCAAGAUGAGGCUUUGCUGGCAUCGGGCAGCUUGACAACUCGACAGAGAAUGGCUGUUGAGGUAAGACUCGGCGAGAAGCGCCUUCUGAAGGAGGCCCUUCAAGUGGUGGGUACCAGCGGUUCUGUGGAGGAAGCUGCUGGCGAGGAAGAGGCGGACAGAGCUUCCAAGAGGGUGCGGCAUUAG